CCUUCCAGCCGUCAGCCGCCGUCGCCGUGACCCUUGCGCUGCGCCCGGCGCCGCCACCUGAACUCGGCCCCCUCGGUGCCAACCUCAAGUCGGAGAAGGAAAAAGAGAAGGAGAAGGGAACAGAAAAUCCAACUGCCGGGACCUGGGUCCACUCACACCUCCGCUACCGCCGCCAUCUUCCUGCCUGGCCCACUAUUUACCCUUCCCUCCCUAAUCCCCUCCCCUCCCCUCUGCCCUCCCCUUCCAUCCUUCCACCUCUCCCCGUCCCGUCCCGUCCCGUCCCCCGCCCGGCGUCUGACGCCACACGCCCAAGGCUGGGAUCCCCCUCCCGUACCCUACCUCUGGUCCUCGCGGGGGACGACGGGUAGAAAAGUAGGCGGGGUGGAGACGGGAGAGGACGGGAUAGGAACGCUGCUGAGCGGCAUUCUGGGAAGGACGCUGCUCUGUCCGCCGCGCAGCCUCCUGGGACUUGUAGUCGCAGUCUUGGGCAACUGAAAUAGUCCCUGCAACACACAGCUGUGGAGGCCAGGCAUGGUGGCACACACCUGUAAUCCCAGCAUUCGGGAGGCUGAGGCAGGAGGAUCGCAAUAACAAAGAAGAAACCACUUUAAGUGUAUACCAUGGAUGAUAGCACAAAGGAGAAGAAUGACAAUUACAAAGAUGAUCUUCUGCUUAGGAUGGGACUUAAUGAUAAUAAAGCAGGAAUGGAAGGGUUAGAUAAAGAGAAAAUUAAUAAAAUUAUAAUGGAAGCCACAAAGGGGUCAAGAUUUUAUGAAAAUGAGCUCAAGAAGGAAAAACAAGUCAACCAACGAAUUAAAAAUAUGAUGCAACAGAAAGCACAAAUCACCAACCAGCAGCUAAGGAAUGCACAAUUGCAGGUUGACAGAUUUGCAGUGGAAAUAGAACACCGCCGAGAUUUGAACAAUACCAUAGUGCACGUUGACAUGGAUGCUUUCUAUGCUGCUGUAGAAAUGAGGGACAAUCCAGAACUGAAGGAUAAACCCAUUGCUGUCGGAUCAAUGAGUAUGUUGUCUACUUCAAAUUACCAUGCAAGGAGGUUUGGUGUACGUGCAGCCAUGCCAGGAUUUAUUGCUAAGAGACUCUGCCCACAUCUCAUUAUAGUGCCCCCAAACUUUGACAAAUACAGAGCCGUGAGUGAGGAGGUUAAGGAAAUACUUGCCGAUUAUGAUCCCAAUUUUAUGGCCAUGAGUCUUGAUGAAGCCUACUUGAAUAUAACAAAGCAUUUACAGGAAAGACAAACUUGGCCUGAAGAAAAAAGAAGUUAUUUCAUCAAAACUGGAAACCUGGCAAAAUAUGAUGAACCAGGAAAGGAAGUUCAUGAGCUGAGUGAGUCUGACUGGUCCAUCUCUCCACUACUUUUUGAAGACAGUCCUCCUGAUUUGCAGCCCCCAGGAAAUCCUUCCCAAGUGAACUCUGAAGAACAAAACAAUCUUCAAAUACUGCAGAACUCAGUUGUUUUUGGAACCUCAGCUAAGGAAGUGGUAAAGGAAAUUCGGUUCAGAAUUGAACAAAAAACAACACUAACAGCCAGUGCAGGCAUUGCUCCCAACACAAUGUUAGCAAAAGUGUGCAGUGAUAAGAAUAAACCAAAUGGACAAUACCAAAUUCUCCCUGACCGACAAGCUGUGAUGGACUUCAUCAAAGACUUACCCAUUAGAAAGGUUUCUGGAAUAGGAAAAGUUACAGAGAAAAUGUUAAAGGCCCUUGGAAUCAUUACUUGUACAGAACUCUACCAACAGAGGGCAUUACUUUCUCUCCUUUUCUCUGAAACAUCUUGGCAUUAUUUCCUUCAUAUUUCUCUGGGUCUGGGUUCAACCCACCUGGCAAGGGAUGGAGAAAGGAAAAGUAUGAGCGUUGAGAGGACAUUUAAUGAGAUAAACAAAGCAGAAGAACAGUAUGAUUUGUGCCGGGAACUUUGCAGGGAACUUGCUCAAGAUCUCCAGAAAGAAGGACUAAAGGGUCGAACUGUUACCAUUAAGCUGAAGAAUGUAAAUUUUGAAGUAAAAACUCGUGCAUCUACAAUUUCAUCUGUUGUUUCUACUGCAGAAGAAAUAUUUGCCAUUGCAAAGGAGUUGCUAAGAACAGAAAUUGAUGCUGAUUUUCCAUAUCCCUUAAGAUUAAGACUUAUGGGUGUUCGGAUAUCUAGUUUUCCCAAUGAAGAAGACAAGAAACACCAACAAAGGAGCAUCAUUGGCUUCUUACAGACCGGGAACCAAGCUCCAUCAGCCACUGAGUAUAUAGGAGAGAAAACCAAUAAAGAUCAGUUUGUAAAACCUCUAAAAAUAUCUCAUAAGGAGAGUUUUUUUGAUAAAAAACGAUCAGAAAUGAAAUGGAGCCACCAAGACACAUCAAAAUGUGAAACUGUGGAUAAACAAAAUUUACAGAUGUCACAACCCUUCCAAAUUAUAAAGAGGAAGACAAGUGAGAGUUUAGAAACAUCAGAGAGUUCAGAUAGCUGUCAGAUGUUUACUUGUCCCAUUUGUUUUAGGGAGCAAGGAAACAUCAGUCUGGAAGCCUUUAAUAAACAUAUAGAUGCAUGUCUCAAUGGCCCUUCAGUUAGUGAGAACUGCAAAGUGUUCACCUGUACACAGGCUUCCUCUGCUGAGGUUGACCAGCAAAAACACACACAUCAGUCUUUUUCUCUUUGGGAAAAGCAAGACUAUGAGACCCAUCAGAAAAAUACAGAAGUCACUUCAGAAGAUUGUGUUCAUUUGGUAGAGCCUAGUGAUAGCUCAUUGAAAGCCAGGAGUGUAGACUCUCUAAGGAAUAAGCACAGCGAAGAGGAGCAUUCUAGUCUUCCAAGCAAGUCUUCUUACACCGUUUCAUUGGAAAAUGCAGACAUUGCCUUAAGUAGGCAAGAAUCCCUCCAACCUUCAUCAUUUAAAGCGACAGCUGGCCAACCUCUGGUUUGCCCUGUGUGUAAUCUGCAACAAAAGACUUUGAAUCUUACCCUAUUCAAUGAGCACGUGGAUGUUUGCUUAAAUAAAAGUAUUAUCCAAGAACUGAGAAAUGAUAGUAUUAAUCCAGUCAACCAACCCAAAGAAAGCUCCAGAAGUACUGGUAUGUCAAGCAAAGCACAGAAGACUGUAGCAAAAACAAAAAGGCCAGGACUGAUGACAAAGUACUCAACAUCAAAGAAAAUAAAACCAAACAAUCCUAGACAUACCCUUGAUAUAUUUUUUAAAUGAACACUG